GCCGCUCCCCGAGACAGGCGCCAGCGCUGAGACAAACCGCGAGAAGAAACACAGUAACACGGAAAAGGGGGAGAGGGGAGAUAAAGCGAUUCCUCCGCCGAAGAAGAGAGCAGAGGAGAGGGAGCGCGGAGAGGCUCCGCUGAUAAAAGGAGGAGAGAGAAAGGAGUGGAAAGACUCCCCCGGGAGACAGCAAACAGAGACUCACUCUCUCUCCCUUCGUCACACCACCAGGAUUUGAUGCCCCUCAGCCUGUUCACUUCUGUGUGUUCAUGUUUCCCACAGGUUUCUCUUCCCCCAACCCCCCAGCAGCAGCUCAGGAGGUCAGACCUGCCACUGAUGGUAAUAGCAGCAGCAGCAGCUCCUCCUGCAAGAAGAGAAAGUUAAAUAACAGCAGCAACAACUCUGAGAGAGAAGAAUUUGAUUCCAUUUCCUCCUGCUCCUCUUCUCCUUCCAAAAACAACUCCUCAUCUUCCUCCGUCAUCACCACGUCCUCCUGCUCCUCCUCAGGGGUUGCCUCCUCCAACCAUCACCUCCAGAAGAAGCUGCGCUUUGAGGACUCCUUGGAUUUUAUUGGACUCGAUGUGAAGAUGGCCGAAGAGUCAUCUUCCUCCUCCUCUCCUGCUGCCUCUUCUCAACAGCAGCACCAACAACAGCUCAAAAAUAAAAGCCUUUUAAUUUCUUCAGUGGCUGUGGGGCAUCAUGCAAAUGGCCUGACCAAAGCUGCCUCCUCUACUGUUUCCAGUUUUGCCAACAGUAAACCUGGUUCUGCGAAGAAACUAGUGAUCAAGAACUUUAAAGAUAAACCCAAAUUGCCUGAAAACUACACAGAUGAAACUUGGCAAAAACUGAAAGAAGCUGUAGAAGCUAUCCAGAACAGUACUUCAAUUAAAUACAAUUUAGAGGAGCUCUAUCAGGCUGUUGAAAAUCUCUGCUCCUACAAGAUUUCUGCAAACUUGUAUAAACAAUUGAGACAGAUCUGUGAAGACCACAUUAAAGCACAAAUUCACCAAUUCAGAGAGGAUUCAUUGGAUAGUGUCCUUUUUCUAAAGAAAAUAGACAAAUGUUGGCAAGAUCACUGCAGACAAAUGAUCAUGAUUAGAAGUAUUUUUUUGUUCUUGGAUCGAACUUACGUACUUCAGAAUUCAAUGCUGCCGUCUAUUUGGGAUAUGGGGCUAGAAUUAUUCAGGACUCAUAUAAUUAGUGACCAGAAGGUUCAGAACAAAACUAUCGAUGGCAUUCUUCUACUGAUUGAGAGGGAAAGAAAUGGUGAGGCUAUUGACAGGAGUUUACUGCGAAGCCUUUUAAGCAUGCUUUCUGACUUGCAGAUCUAUCAAGAUUCUUUCGAACAUAGAUUCUUGGAAGAGACUAACCGUCUGUAUGCAGCAGAGGGACAGAGGCUUAUGCAGGAACGAGAGGUUCCAGAAUAUCUUCAUCAUGUCAACAAGCGCUUGGAAGAAGAAGCAGAUAGGAUAAUCACUUAUUUAGAUCAGAGCACGCAGAAGCCACUAAUUGCUACUGUAGAAAAGCAACUUCUAGGUGAACAUUUAACAGCCAUUCUUCAGAAAGGUUUAAACCAUCUCCUUGAUGAAAACCGAAUUCAAGACCUGUCUCUUCUGUAUCAGUUGUUCAGCCGGGUGAGAGGCGGAGUGCAGGUUCUCUUGCAACACUGGAUUGAAUACAUAAAGGCAUUUGGUAGCACCAUAGUAAUCAAUCCAGAAAAAGACAAAACUAUGGUCCAAGAACUACUUGAUUUUAAAGAUAAAGUUGACCAUAUUAUUGAUGUUUGCUUUCUCAAGAAUGAGAAGUUUGUAAACGCCAUGAAAGAAGCAUUUGAAACAUUCAUUAACAAAAGACCAAAUAAGCCAGCUGAACUCAUCGCUAAAUAUGUAGAUUCAAAGCUUCGUGCAGGCAACAAAGAAGCUACUGAUGAAGAACUUGAAAAAAUGCUGGAUAAAAUCAUGAUCAUAUUUAGGUUCAUAUAUGGAAAAGAUGUGUUUGAGGCGUUUUAUAAAAAAGAUCUAGCAAAGAGGCUACUAGUUGGGAAAAGUGCAUCAGUAGAUGCUGAAAAAUCGAUGCUUUCCAAACUCAAACAUGAAUGUGGAGCUGCUUUCACCAGCAAACUUGAAGGAAUGUUUAAAGAUAUGGAGCUUUCAAAAGACAUAAUGAUACAAUUUAAACAGUAUAUGCAAAAUCAGAACGUACCCGGAAACAUUGAACUAACAGUGAAUAUACUGACUAUGGGUUACUGGCCUACCUAUGUGCCUAUGGAGGUCCACUUGCCCCCAGAGAUGGUAAAACUGCAGGAGAUUUUCAAGACCUUUUAUUUAGGAAAACACAGUGGUAGGAAACUUCAGUGGCAGUCAACACUAGGACACUGUGUACUAAAAGCAGAAUUUAAAGAGGGCAAAAAAGAGCUUCAGGUCUCCUUGUUCCAGACACUGGUGCUGCUCAUGUUUAAUGAAGGAGAGGAGUUCAGUUUAGAGGAGAUAAAGCAAGCCACUGGGAUAGAGGAUGGAGAGCUGAGAAGAACACUUCAAUCUCUGGCUUGUGGCAAAGCCAGAGUACUGACUAAAAGCCCCAAAGGCAAAGAUGUGGAAGACGGUGAUAAAUUCACAUGCAAUGAUGACUUUAGACAUAAGCUUUUCAGGAUAAAGAUCAACCAAAUUCAAAUGAAAGAAACGGUAGAGGAACAGGCAAGCACUACAGAGAGAGUAUUCCAGGACCGGCAAUAUCAGAUUGAUGCUGCAAUUGUACGAAUCAUGAAGAUGCGCAAGACAUUGAGUCAUAACUUGCUUGUGUCGGAGGUUUACAACCAGCUUAAAUUCCCAGUAAAGCCUGCUGACCUUAAGAAGAGAAUAGAAUCCUUAAUUGACAGGGACUACAUGGAAAGAGAUAAAGAGAACCCAAAUCAAUACAACUAUAUUGCAUAAACAUAUGUUGGCCUUUGUUUUACUGCACACUUGGUGUCAUACGCAAUUGCCAGUGGAUAAACUAGCCUGUUGAUCCCGUUAAUUGACUUUUUAUACUACCGAUGACUGAAUGAAAGCAGUGUAAUGGAAAAAUAUAGUAGAGUGGACUUCUUUCAGUGGUUAACAUGCCCAUUUAAAGAGUACUAUUUACAUUUUAAGAAGAAUGCUGUUGAACUCUUUGCAUGUUGUUUAGUGAGAUGUGCAGAAGGCUGCAAGAAAGUACCUGGUCUUCGUGAUUCCAUUUGUCUCUGGGUCUGAAGAGGAGUCCCUUGAUAUAUGGCAGAUGUCUUUCACACCUUUAAACAGAAACAGAAGGUUAAUUAAUAUAAGAAAAUAGCCUUUAAAAUGCUUAAACUGCAUGCAAACUUUUAAUUUACUGUACAGAAUGCAUUUCAGUUAGCAACAUACCAUUGGUUUGGUUGAUACCCACACUUGGAUUUUUCCCUUGAGGGAGGGAAAAUGGGGAAUAAGCCAAGCUGUGCUUAUGAUCUAGUGGAAUAUAUUCUUGGACGCGAUUAAGACAUAAUGGUACCAAUAUAAAAUGAUGUAUAAAGUUUGCAGUGUGGGCAUAUAUGUUAUAUAUACAAACACCAUUCUUAAAUAACUGCUACAACAAAACAGAUUCAGAUCUAUAUUUAUAUGGCUUGCCUAUAAAACUUAGUGUUCACCUUUGGGAAUUUUAAGCAUAAAACAGCCAUAAUGGAAAAAGUGACUUUUUUUUUUUUACUAGUCAUGGGUAGGAGGCCUUCACCUCUUGGCAGCAAUACUCUACAAAAGAGAAUCUAUGUAAAGAUAUUUAUGAAAAGCCACACUGUUCUUUUGAUAAAGCUGUAAGAACAAAAAUUGCAAAUGGGUUUUAAUACUUGUUUUGCUUUGCAACAUUCUAAACUUGAACUAACCUCAAGGUUUAGACAGGGCAGCUCUUAAUACGACUGCCCUGCUUUGGAUUGCUUUAACUUAAAGCUUUAAGAAUUCAGCCCUAGAUGUGGCAGGCCUCCUAGAACCCAGAAGCCUACCUCUCAUAUAAGAAAAGAUAGUUAAGUAUUGCUACGAGGCAUCUAGAAGCUAUUUCCUUAGAUGACCAGAGAGCAUUCUUUGCAUCUUUAUAAAACAUGGGAGAAUAAGUCACUUGAAUGUAGAGCUUUGUUUCAAUAGACGGAUUUUUAUUGCUAUAGUAGUGUAUGCCAGGAAUAUAUGGGGGGAGGGGAAAAAAGUGUCACCAGAAAAGGUAACUCCUCCACGUAACAGUUCUUCCUUACCCAGCCAAGCUUUAGACCUACCAUCAGCUGUGUUGCAGAGCACAAUGAAAAACCUCAUCCUCUUUCAGGCACUGACAGUCCUGGGGAACACCAGAUAUUUCUUGAAACAAGAUGUUACUUUUGUUUAAAGGCAGUGUAACUUAACUCCUUAUCUAUAACUUUUAUCACUGUGAUCCCAUAUUCAGGGGGGUGUGUGUGAGAGGGGGAGAAUGUGUGUGUGUGUGUAUAUUUAUAUAUUGUAUCUGACACAUCCCAUCCUUAAUGCUUUUUUGAUCCACUGUUCAAUUCUGUAUUUUCUCCAGCUGUGUUUUUCUCCAGUUCUUCUAUAGACAGUCCUCAGUUGACAGAUGAAGCAGAUGUUUUCUUCCUACUAAAUUAAUUGCUGCCAUCCACUACUAAUUGUCAUAUAGCUCGUGAUACAAUCUGCAGAAAAUCUACCUAUCCCUUGAUGCGAUUGCAGCAU